AGCGUGGCAGAGAGCAUGCUGGACGUGGCUCUCUUCAUGUCCAAUGCCACACGGCUGAAGGCGGUGCUGGAACAGGGGCCCUCCUCUCAUUACUACGCCACCCUGGUCACCCUCCUCAGCAUCUCUCUGUUCCUGCAGGUGGUCGUCGGAAUCCUCCUCAUGGUCAUUGCGCAGCUGAACCUGAACGAGGUGGAAAAGCAGUGGAGACUAAAUCAGCUCAACGACACCACCACCACCUUGGUCUUCAUCACAGUGGUCAUCAACGUUUUCAUCACGGCCUUCGGGGCACAGAGGACUGGGUUCCUGGCUGCCAGGGCUUCAAGGAAUCCUCUCUGAACACAGCCUGGGACCCAGGUACAGGCCCUGGACCUGCCUCUGCCUCCUCCUCCCUCACCUGCCAGGCUGACGGGCACUCUCCACAGG